AUGGGAGCUUUGAAACUUUCCGGGAUGCAAAAGCAAGUCUUGAGUCUAUACAGAGGAUUUUUAAGAGCAGCUCGUUUAAAGCCAAUAGAAGAUAGGAAGAGAAUAGAGAUGAUUGUGUCAACAGAGUUUCGCCGCAACUCAAAGGAAGUUGACCGUAAGAAUUUCCAAUACAUCGAGUAUUUGCUUCGGUUAGGUAAUAAACAACUCGAUCAACUCAAAAGCCCCGAUAUGGUUAGCAUUUCUUCGAUGAAGGUCGUGAAAGCUAAGACCUGA